AUGAGUCGAGUCCCACACGAUCUAAAGGGGCUGUUGCAGUUUUGCUUGGACGCUGGUUCGGAUCCUACUAGCGAUAUUGAAUCGAUGGAUCCAGAGGUAUGGAGUAUGUUUUCCUCGAGUUAUACUAGCCAAUCUGACUCACAGAGGACGUUAUGGCUGCAACAAGCGCUGGAAUCCAUGACUGUGGACUUGGUUGCAGAGAUGCGAAAAAGGAUUGCUACCGUCAUUCAAAAUAUAUCGUCCGCAGAUCCCAAAAGUUUGGUUGAGGAAACCACUUCGGCUCUGGAUGAUCUCAUAGACUUUACUGAGGAUGUGAAUUUGGCCGAUAUUUUUCUGAAAAUAGGGGGGAUUACGCUUCUUAAAGGUUUAUUAGGAUUUCCCUCUGCUGACUAUCGCGCUCAAUCGGGAAUGCUUCUUUCGAAUAUUGUGCAAAACCAUGAGGAAGCUCAAAGAGUUGCAAUAAAUGAAAAUCUGUUGAAUUUGGUCCUCCAGCUCCUUAUUGAAGAUACAGAUCCAGGAAAUAUGAGUGGUUUGCUCUCGGGGAUUUCAUCGCUGAUUCGUGGAAGCGAACUAUCUCAAAAGCGUUUUAUCCAAUGCAAGGGUUUCGACCGUCUAUUUGAACUGCUGCAGAAGACAAGUCGAUCAAAUGAGCAGGAAAAAUAUGAGCGUUUUAACGAGAAAGCAUCCUUUUUCAUUUACUGUCUUUGUCAGGAGCUAUCUGAAGAGCAACUUGUAAACCUGAAGGACUUUCAGCUAUCGGAGCGAAUUGCCCAACUUAUUCUCCUUUUCCAUCUACCGUCUGAGUUCCUCGUUAAGGCAUUGGCGCUACUGCUGAAAGGUCGCGUUUCCACCCUCAUAAAUCCACCCCCUGAUCCAGUUCCGGAUCCCUCGUCCCUUGUCAAAGUACCAAUUUCUGAGGAUUCGCGUAAACGGCUGCUGGAUUGGCUGAAAUCACCCAAGGCCCAAGAUGAAACACUCAUUAGCUUGGAGGCUCGAAAGGAUCUCACAAAUGCCCUACUUCAGACCGUUGAUUCUUUGUGUAACUAG